AUGAACCUGCGCCCGGGUACACUCUCGAGCCUCCGCCUCACGAAUCCCUGUGCGGCCAAAUGCUUCGUCAAUCGAACACGCGGACGCCACUUCUCACAGUCACAGACAUGUCCGACCGCGAACCACGGUAACCCUCCCAACCACUACGACGUCCUUGGGAUAGGACAACAUGCAACCCAGGCGGAGCUGAAAAAGCAGUUUUACGUUCUUUCCAAAGAAACACACCCGGACCUCAAUCGCGACAAUCCCGAGGCCGGUAAACGCUUCAUGCAGAUAAGCGAGUCCUACAGCGUGCUGGGGGACCCAGAGAAGAGAAAGCGGUACGACCGGGACAUGAUCCACGUGCAUGGACAUCGACACCACCAUGGCACGACAUCGAGUCAUCACCACAGAGGAACGCACGCUGGCCACCGCCCGCCCAGCGGGUUGAGUAGACGGCGGAGCGCGUUCAAAGGUCCGCCACCGUCGUUCUAUGCCCAUGGGAAGCCGUCCGCCAACACAUCAAACCAAGCACGGGCGAGUCAAGCCGGCACUUUUAACGCUAGCGCAUUCGCAGACGAGGGGAAGUGGGAUCCAGAUUUCGAUGCUCGCAGCACAUACAAGACCCAGACACUGGAAGAUUACAGGCGGGCCAGCAGACGAGCAGCCGAGCUGGCGGCUGCGCAGGCAGAAAUCGAGGCGGACAAUUUCUGGGGCAGGUUCCUCGCCGUGACCAGCGUCAUUGUGCUUGGUGUCUCAUUGGGCACAGUCAUUGUGGGCAUGGCCAAUACUCCGCGGGGCGGACUUACCAGAGGAGAUGGCAGUCGUAGAGGGGGCCCUCGGAACGAAUGGACCAAGGGCUAG